UCAAUGGCUAGGGAUAAAUGUAUUCAUCCCCAAAUUUGAUAUACGACUAUUAAGCUAAUACCAGGCAUUUCAAAAAUAUUUUUUAAAAAAAAAAUGCAAUCGAACCCACAUUCUAAAAACAAUAAUUCAAAAUUGCCAGCAAAAUUAAAUAAAAUAAAUCAAUAAAUCAAAAAGGGGAUUUAAUUUUUUAGGGUUUCAAAGAUCAACACUCAAACAAAAAUGGGGACAUUGUUAAUGAGGCAAGCAUCAAGUUUUCUGCAAGAAAAAUAUAGAGCUGCAAGAUUGGCAUUAACUGAUAUCUCUGAAGCUGAAUUGUUGGUGGAAAAAGUUACAGAUGAUAAUCCAUGGUGUCCUGACACCAAAACCAUGACUCAAAUAGCCGAGGCAUCUUACGAUUUUGAUGGCUACUGGAAAAUUGUUGAUCUUCUACACAAGAGGUUGUGUAAUGUUAAUUGGAAGAAAUGGAGACAAUCUUACAACUCACUGAUUUUGUUGGAGUUUUUAAUCACACAUGGUCCUGAGGAUUUUGCUACGGAAUUUAGAAGUGAUGUUAAUGUUAUCAAGGAGUUGGGAACAUUUUGUUAUACAGAUCAAAAGGGGGUGAAUUGGGGGCAUUACAUGAGAAACAAAACAGAAAGGAUAUUACAAUGUAUGGAAGGAGGAUCAUCACUUCAAGAAGUUAGGUCCAAGGCAAUAAAACUAACAAAUGAAAUCCAAGGAUUUGGAAGUUCACCAUCAUCAAUAUCAUCUCCUUUAUCAACAUCAUCCCCAACAAGUUCAUCAUGGAGAUCAUCAUUUCAUUCUAAUUCUCCUUCAAGCCCUACAUUAUGGAAUGACAAUACUAAUUAUUACCAAAACUAUCAUGGUGAAAUGGAUAAGCAACCUUUUGAUCAUCAUCAUCAAGACUACCUUGAACCUAAUCAUUCUCCUAAAGAAAUGAUCUUUCACCAUAAAUUGCCUAAGAAUUUCCUUGGAGUUAUUGCGAGUGACUUGUUGGAUUGGAAUUCGAUUGAGGAUACAUUCACUGAAAUUGAUUUGAAUGACGGUGAAGAUCCUAACAAGAAAAAAAUCGGAUUUUUUCAAGGAAUGUGCGUGAAGCAUGUUGGUUAUAGCCCGUUGAAAAAGGAUGGUGACAGAAAAAAGAAUACUUGAACUGAUUACCAAUUAGUGUUCACCAGAAUUACAUAACAACUUUAAGUCCAAAUAAUGUACUUUAUUUUGGUUAAUAGAUGAUCUAUGUAGUUGAUUAAUUCAA